UCCCACGUGCGUUUUGUUGUUGUUUUGAUUUCGCGUGCAGCAAAAUAAAAUUUUCUCGCUGUUUUCCGGGAUUUUCUUUAUUAAAAAUGCUAGGAUUUUAACAAAACUUUUAAAAAUAGUGCAGUGAAAAAUAAUUAGUAGAAAUCAUGAAGUUUGCUUACAAGUUUCAAAAUCUUCUGGGCACCGUCUAUCGGAAGGGGAAUCUGCAGUUCACCCCUGAUGGGAAUUCCGUUAUAAGUCCUGUUGGCAACAGGAUAACCAUCUAUGAUCUCAAGAACAACAAAGUCAAAUCUUUGACUUUGGAGAGUAGAUUCAAUUACACAGCCCUCGAUAUGUCACCAAAUGGAGCCCUUCUGCUGGCUAUUAAUGAAAUUGGGGAGGCACAGAUGAUCAGCACUGUGUCCUUUACAGUUGUCUGCACGCACAAAUUCACAAGCCGCGUCUCUUGUGUGAAGUUUAGCCCCGAUGGGCGAUAUUUUGUUGUCUGUGACAACAAUACGGUAUUUAUCUUCAAGACUCCCGGACAGUUGACUGGAGAAUAUGGCUCAUUUGCCCUGAAGAUGCUCUUCAGGGGAGCCCACGACGAUGUCAUCUCUGCUGAUUGGUCAACUGAUUCUCGUGUUGUAGUUGUGGGUUCCAGAGAUAACUGCACACGUGUCUAUGGCAUUGAUAGAUUUAAGCACUUCCGGACAACUGUGCUCGGGGGGCACACCGAUGCAAUUGUGGGAUGUUUCUUUGAAGAAAAUGCCAUGCACGUGAAUUCCAUUUGCCGCAAUGGGCAGCUUUGUAUUUGGGAAGCAAAUCUUGAGCUAAAAGAUCUCAUUCCCAUGGAUAAAGUGCCGGAGGAGCCAACAGAGAAACGUCAGCGUGCUGAGGAAGAUGAUGAGUUUGCAGAGGAGAAAGAUUAUGAGCGCGAGAAGGAAGUAAAUGUAGAGGAAAGUCUUGGUGAUGCUGUAGAAGAGGAUGAUGAGCGUGAUAAGCUGGGAAAGGUGAUUCCCAAAGAUGUAAAGGAAGAAGAGAAGAAGUUGCGGUAUAAGAGGAUUCUGAGAUUCUUCCUGGCCGAUGAGGCACGCAAGGAGAAUCCCCAAGCCUUCCUCACAGCUUCAGCGUAUCACAAAAAAACACGAAUUCUCGUAUCGGCAUUCUCAACGGGUGCUUUCUACUUGCAUGAGCUGCCGGAAGUGAAUCUCAUUCACUCCCUGAGUAUUUCGGAUUAUCAAAUUGACACAGCGACGUUCAAUGGGACUGGAGAUUGGAUUGCAUUGGGUGUAGCGGGUGUUGGACAACUCCUCGUGUGGGAGUGGCAGAGUGAGAACUACGUGAUGAAGCAACAGGGUCAUUCCAGUGACAUGAGCUGCCUUGCUUACUCGCCAGAUGGGCAAUUUAUAGCCACAGGUGGGGAAGAUGGGAAAGUGAAGAUAUGGAAUCUCCACACGGGCUUCUGUUUUGUCACAUUCAGCGAUCACGCGGGCCCUGUAACAGCCGUGGAGUUCAGUAGGAAUCGAAAAUUUCUCAUUAGUGCUUCCCUGGAUGGCACUGUGCGUGCCUUUGAUAUGCUUCGACAGCGGAAUUUCCGCACCUUCACUACGCCACAGCCAACGCAGUUCUCCAGUGUAGCACUGGAUUGCUCAGGAGAGCUCAUAGCGGCUGGGAGUCAGGAUGUCUUUGAGAUCUACGUGUGGUCUGUGAAGUUGGGUAAACUCCUGGAGGUUCUAAGUGGCCACGAAGCUCCCGUUGUGGCGUUGGCUUUCUCCCCAAUUCCCACGUCAUCAACCCUCGUCUCGGGCUCGUGGGAUAAGACACUGAAAGUCUGGAAUUGCCUCGAAACAUCCGCUGAUCAUGAAUCGAUCGAUCUCAUGUCUGACGCUGUUGCCGUGGCUUUCCAUCCUGCUGGGGAGGAAGUUGCCGUUGCCACUAUCAAUGGCAACAUCUCUGUCUUUCAUGCCAAAUCCGCUCAGCAGGUUGCCCUCAUUGAGGGGCGCAGUGAUCUCGGAAGUGGGGUCAGUGAAGUUGAUGUUGUGACGGCAAAGAAAAAUCUUCAGGGAAAAUGCUUCACGACCAUCUCCUAUUCUGCCGAUGGAGACUGCAUCCUGGCGGCGGGAAAGUCCAAGAAUAUCUGUAUCUACCACGUGAAGGAAGAUAUGCUGCUGCGGAAGUUUGAAAUGACACAAAAUCAGAGCCUGGAUGGACUCAGCGAUUUCCUGAAUCGCCGGCAAUUGUCAGAGUUUGGGAAUUUAGCUCUUGUGGAGCAACGUGAACCUCUAGAAGGGGGGAAUGUCACAAUUCGCUUACCUGGCGUACAGACGGGGGAUAUGGCCACGAGGAAUUUUAAGCCUGAAUUCCGAGUGACGUGCGUUCGCUUUUCCCCUACGGGACUAACGUGGGCAGCUGCGUGCACAGAAGGGCUCAUGGUGUACUCCCUGGACAAGGGGCUUGUCUUCGAUCCGUACCAUCUGUCGCAAGAAGUUACGCCACGUGCUGCACGAGAUCUCAUGGGGAAGCAGGAAUUCUCAUCUGCUCUCAUCAUGGCACUCAAGCUAAAUGAGACGGCGCUUAUUCAUCAAGUUAUUGAGUCUGUACCCCUUAGAGACGUGAAACUCAUCGUACGGAGCCUCCCGGAGGAGUUUGGGGCGCGUCUUGGGGAGAUUGUGGCUCAGCUGCUUAUGGGCACGCCGCAUGUCCAGUUCUAUCUGCAGUGGGCCUGUGAGGUGAUUACGUGGUUUGGCCCAAAGGAGACCGUCCUGCCGCAUCAUACCCUUCUCGCGUUACACCAGAGCCUUUCACGGAAAUACGAGACACUGUCGAAAGUAUGUGACUUUAACCGAUACACCAUGCGGGUGCUCAAAUCCGUGGCCAAUGUGCGAGCUGCUCAGGAGGAAGUUCCUGAUGCUGAGGAUGCUGAAAUGCAACUCAUUUCUGUGGACAAUGAGCAAGAAAUGGCAGGGAGUGAUCAUGAGAGUAGCAGUGAAGGAGAUGAAGAAUGAUUUCGAGGAGAAAGAAAAACCAGAAAGGUGUUGUGCGCUACACACCAUUGAAGGCGUGCAGCAAUUCGCAGGAUUUGAAAGUACGUACAGCAAAAAAAAUGUUAUUAGAUAAUUCUUUUAAAAUAUAGAUUUUCUGCUGAUUA